AUGUCAGAGCCCCCGGCAUGUGUGUCGAAAUUUGUCAGUGCCUCGUUCAACCGGCUCGAGGCGUUAUUGGAGAGAUUCAUGCUGGAAGAAAUGAACAUUGAUGACGCCAUAGCUGACAAGCUGAUGGUGGCUAUCAAUAAUAUGAUUGCUGGUUUAGGUACAGUGGAAAUACAGAAUAUUCUAACCGAGUUUCUCCGGCUACUUCGUCAAUAUGACCGAAAUGAGUCGACUAGUUUUCUCAUUCUUUACUGUAUGAACAGCUUUGUUGAUCUGAUGGAGGCUGUUGGUACUCCAAAAAGAACCCUACCGUAUGAAAUCACUCUCGGUUUGGUUGAGCAGCUCAUGAAAUGUCAUUCCUGUCAUGACACCCGUUUAUAUUUGUCGAUUUACCUCAACAUUGUCCCUAAGGAAAGUCCGAUGAUAUACCAGCAUGGCACAAUCGUUAGCGACAAUUACGCUUUCCUGGCAUUGAAAUUCAUAAACGAGAUAGAUCGUGUCACUUACGGUCAGAUUGUCACCAAGGUGUUCGUCACUACUUUCAGUCGUAAUGUGACCGAUGACGGCGCCUCUAGCGUGGACGCUGGUAUAGUAUUGUUAGAAUCGAAAUCAAAGUACGGAUUCUUGGAAUGUGCUACUGCUUUGUCGGCAAGAACUGGGGUUAUGUCUAUCCAAAUUAAAAGUGCCAUGGGAACUAUCAGAAGAUUUAAAGCAAGUCCUUCCUGUCAGUUUGCUACCACUGUCUUUGGGAUCGCACCGAUCUCAAAAUGGAUGCGAGAAUCUCCUACAGAAUUUUUAGCUUAUGAUUUUAAUGAUGAAACUACAAGAGAGGUCUUUGAGCUUGUUUACCAUUUGUUCUUGAGACAGAAAUUAGAUCUGCCAAAAAAGCCUAUCCAUCACAUGUUACCGAUGCUAAGCUAUGGGGUUCUAACGCUUUACGUUUCUUUUAAACCGCAAGUUAUGGCCAAGUUCUUGCAAUUUGCUUCCAACAACAAGGAGAGUCUUCAUAUGUCCGAGUUUCCUGAACAACUAGAUUCUGCCGAAACGAAAAUGUUUACAGUUUUAGCCAAAUUAGCCGACCUUGAGAAAGUAACUUCUAUUGAUGACAAACACCUUAUUCUCAAGUGUUAUUCUAUUCUUCUCGGUGUGGCGGUUCAUGUCGAACCGUUGGAACCUCAGCACCCUCUUGUUUUAUUCACAAGAAAAUACAUGCUCAAGGUAUUUGAGGCUAUCGAAGAUGUUUGCUUUAGUGUUUCCACUAGCACAACAGAAAACUCUUUAGUGGAAUCAUCAAAGAUUGAUUUCAUCACUUUUAUUUUCAUGUUAGCUCCAGAAGAGAUUUUUCCUGUUUUCGAUUACUACAUCAAGAACUAUUUAAAGGUAGAUUUAUAUGGGUACUAUAUUAUCACUUGUGCCAUUAAAAAGUUACAGUCAAAUAAACUUGGGUUGAUUCUUAUGGAAAAAUAUUUCUAUAACAUUGAAUAUUUCCAGAAUUUCAUCACUACCAGAACUGAUCUUGUUAAAACCAUGAAGUUGACAGAAAAAUCACAUAUGAGGCAUUUCAUGAAAUAUCCAACCCAGCGGGCACAUUUAUCAGAGUAUCAAAUUCUUGGUCCUCAAGAUAGUCGCAAUAAGGACACUACAAACUCCACAACACCAAAUAAAUCCACUUCUAAUAUGCAUUUUGGUUUCUCGUUACAUAACUCAGGUAAUCGUAUUCAAAAACAUUUGAAAGGAAAUAAAAAAUAUGAAACAGGUAAUCAAUUAACUGAUCCUAAUUUCGAGGAUGCCACUAUUGAAGAUGAAAACUUUUUAACGUUUCCUGGAUUCUUGUCAAGAAGAGUGUAUCAAGUUUCUGUUGAUAUAUUGAACGUUUCGCCCAUUGAAUUGUUGAAAUCUGAACCGUUAUUUGUAAAAGAUCUGGUUUUAUUAUCUGAUGAAAAUUUGUUCGAUGAGGUCACUGACGAAAUUUCAGAUAGAGGAUUUUUUUUUGGUGAUGCCAUUAUGGGAGGUCUCUUUGACCACGAUGUUAUGUGUUCAGAAAAAUCAAUCAAUUUUUUGUUGAACUUGUUAUCCAAUGAAACUCUUUUGGCAGGGUAUAGAUACUACAUGUUUUCUGCUAAUCUAAAUUUCACCACGAAAAUCGUGAAUCUUCUUUUAAGACACGCUUUGGAAGGAACUCAUCAAAAUACCAGACAGAUUGUCUUCGUGUUCGAAUAUAUGGUAAAGUUUAUAAGUUUAUAUCCAGGAAAAAUUGAUAGAGCUAGAUAUUUCUCUGACUUGUCUCAUAGGAGAUCACGAUUAAAUUGGGAAGCUACCAAGGUGGCAGAGCUGUUCUGUUAUGUUUAUUUGUGCGGAGCAACCUCCGAAAGUUAUACCCAUUUCAAAGAUUUAUUGAAAGGAUGGGUAGUUGUUUUAAAUCAAGAGUCAAGUAUCAAGUCAAAUGUUUUGAUGAAAGUGAAUGCCGAGUUUAUGAAAGCUAUUGCUACAGAUAAAUCGGUUAUUAUUAGAGGUCAAAGGUACAUGUUCAAUAAAGCGAAAAAGUUAUUUAUGAAUAAUGUUCCUCGCAAAACUGAGGCAUUGGAUGACGUGGCAGUAUUGAUAUCAGAGAAAAUUGAAGGCUAUUUCAACGAAGAAUUCAUUACUGAUAAAGAAAAGUUGGUAAAAUUUGAGAAUUAUUCUACAUUUAUGGCAAUUGUCGCUGGUUUAGAUAUUUCCAUCGAACCAACCGAUCAAAUGAACUCACUACAAGAAAACGACACAUAUUUCAAGUUUGUUGAAAAAAUGUUCAGGACAUUGAGCUCACCGCAAUUUGAAAAAAGAAAGAUUGCAGAAGCGUUGUUGAGUGAAUCACUUCAUUCAAAUAUUGUAUUUUAUUUGUACAUUCUUAUUGAUGAAGUGUUACAGAAGCUUCAAGCGCCUGCAGCCCACAGAAUGCUUAGUACAACAGAAACUGGCACCAUCACUUCAUAUGCAACAAUAUUGGAUAGGUUACUGAAAAGGCUACCAGAACUAGUGCUUUUUGGCCAGAGUACCAGAAUAUUUCAAAUAUUGGAUUGUCUAGUGGAUAUAGUCAAAAAUCAGUACCUGUUGCUUACAAAUGGCAAAAUUCAAAAAUUCCAAAAUGAAACCCAAUUAAUGGAAAUGUCGCUCAAUUUUUCCAAAAUGAAGUUGCUGGUGAUUAAAUUUGUGGCAUCAGCGCUCAAGCAAGAGAACUCUUUGAGAAUGGAUGUGAGUUAUGUAUUGUGGAAAAAUGCUUUAACAAAAAUAUUUGGGAAUUGGUUGAUGCUUUCAUUUUUCAGAAAUGAGUUCAAUUUUUUUACUAAAUUGCGCAGAUCGUGUGCGGAAGUGAACUCAGUGCCCCAGCUGAAGAUUGAUGGUUAUAUUGGCAAAAUGACAAAUGUUUACAAGGAAAUUGUUUUGGAGUUAUUGUCGUGCUUGCAACUUUUAACUACGAAAUUGUUUAUUAUCAAGAGCAACAUCAAUUUUGCCGUAGAGGUGGAUACGGUGAGAUCUUUGAUGUUUGGAAAUUAUUACAGUAGCUUGAUGCGGAUUCUAAAAAAGACUUUUGAUAGUAUGAAGGCGUCAGGUAGUUCGAACACUAGGCCUGUAACUGCUUACGGUGGCAAAAAUACUGUGACUGAUUCACGCAACAAUAAUGAUAAUGAUUUUCUAAAAGUCAAAUACAGCGACGCGGAAAACAAAAAGAUCCUGGAAAGAAUAAUUGGUAUUUUGAGUAACUUGAUUCGAUUGAACUACGAUGUUGGCUCAAAUUAUGUUUUAUCAUUAUUGACUGACAGUAAUUCUGAACUUCAGACUACGUUUUUACAAAUUUUCAAAAAUAUCUUUGAUCGGGAUGAAUUUGUUAAUCUUGGGUCAUUCAAGGGCAAUGUUUAUGAAUUCAUGAGGUCCUCUAUCACCCGGUUAGACGUACUUGGUGGUAUUUCAGAAGUGGUUGAUCCUAAAGAAUUGGAUAGGGUUUCAAAUUCUAUGUACCAUUUGUUGCUGGCGACGGGGGAAUUGGUGGGUUGUUUGCAAAAAUUGAUCCAAUAUGACUUGCAAUCUUUAACUCUACCAAUCGACCUUUUUAGGAAAAACAAUUUCACCACUAAGUUGUUACUGCUAGUGACCAAAGAUUAUGGAACUGAGUUUUUGCGUUGUACCGUUGGUGUUGUAUUGAAGCGUUUAAUUGAAGAGGAAGAGUAUUUUGAUGAUAGUGAGCUGGUAGUGGACCAUUCGACAAAUUUUUUCAAGUACUAUCGAUUGUUGACAGAGACCAUUUGCGGUUCGAUUGACAAAUUGCCGCCAAUCAUCAAAUCGAUUUGUUUUUCUAUUAGAGCCGUUGUAUUUGAAUCGACAAAUGACGAUGCUUUGGCUUUGAAUGUCGUGAAAUCUUUCCUAUUCCUGAGAUUUAUUUGUCCAGCGGUGGCGCAUCCAGAACAACUUGGGUUGGUAAAGGAAAAGGACGUCACGGUUGCUCGCAAAAAGAGUUUUAUAAUAUUGACGAGGUCUUUACAAAGUACAGUGAAUAACUCUUUGGAUGCCACAACGUUUUCAUCAAUUAAAGGACACGAAUCGCAAAUUGGGGUAUUGAUUGCCAAGACAUCACAAUUCGUUAUCGACGCCGCCUCAAAACAAUUUUUAGAUGCCGAAAUUGGCGGACGUGAUGUGUCUCUGGUUAGCAUGCAAGACAUUCGGGUGUUUUGCACUUUUUCGGUGGAACAUUCCAGGGAGUUGCGACAUAGUAUGCUCAAUUGUGGAUUGAUGAAUCACAAAGGGCGUGUUUCUGAAUUAUAUCAAUAUUUUAAAACAUUUGAUGAAUCAUUCACCAAUACCAGACUUCAAUUUUUCACGUAUUAUCCAGAUGUUGCUAACUAUAUUGCAAUCAACAAAGACAAGCAUCCAGAAAUAUAUCAAUUGGUGAGCGAAGCGCUCAAGAACCCGAUCUAUGAAAAGAUCAUUAAUGCGUCGUUUUUAAAAGAAGGGAUUUCCAAAGAUGGUAACCAAGUGUUUGUUUUCAAUUUAAAAGAGUUUGUGAAUUAUGAACACAUUGAUUCGAAGAUUUUAGCAGCACGGUUCUUGCAAGCUCUUUGUCAGAUGUCAACGUCACAAUUUUAUCUUAUUGUUGAUUGUACGUUGUAUAAUGAACCAGAAUGUAUUGAAUGUUUUGAAAAAAUGAUGACCCACCUUGUGUCGAUCACCUCCAAUGAGCUUGCCGACAAAUGUGGAGGGGUUUUCAUUGUCAAUGUUAGUGAUGUGUUUUCUGGGGAGUUGGCGGUGAUGAUCGAUGACUUAUCGCAAACCGGGGAUAACCAUAGAUUCAUGAACCCCCGGUUCAAUAAGUUCUCGUUCUUGACGGUAUUUGAAGAUUAUGACAUUAUCAACUCUUUAGACUUGUCUGAACAGACGUACAGUGUGGUGAACGGUGGGAAAAAUUUCAUCAAUGAUAUUUUAUUGUUUGAAAAUGAAAAGGUCAAACCAAUGAAUUUGAAAUUCACCAAUAGUCAUAUCAUGUACAGUUUUGCCAAUUCCAAGAAAUUCAAAAUUGGCACGAUGACCAAAUAUUUGAAAACCGUGAACAUCGAGCCAUUGAAUGAUUGGACCGAACUACGUGAACUCGAUAAUGAUCCAGGGAUGAUUGGAACGUUCCAAACUCAUUCGAGGUUGUUUGAUAGGGUGAUGAAAUUCUCGAGUUUGAAGAGACUGGAGAUCAUCAGAACAUUCUAUUUGAGUUUGAAUGGAGCACAAACCACGAUGUACAACAAUCAGCGACAAUUAAUGAAGUCUUCGAAAGUGGUGGAUAUGAAAGAGUUUUUAGGGGAAGUGUUAAUCUCUAUUGGUACUGGUUUGUUGAACAAUGAUCCGGAAGUACGAAAACACGCUUACGAUUUAUUAUGUAUGGUGGCCAAACAUAUCAAGAUUUCUGACCCGGGGUUGUUCUUUGAGAUUGGUCCGGCGUUUUCCCCUCCUAAGAGUCUGACGAUGGUUCGAUGCUUAUUUGUUAGAGUUGCCAAAGAUAAUCCUGAGCUAGUUAGGCAGAUUGUGUCGGCGUUUGUGUUUGUAAUGAAUGCCGGGGAUGGCUGGCAAGGAUUGGGCUCGGGGACUUAUGAUAUUUUUUGGACCAUUACUCCGUGGAUUGAUUUUGUUUGUGGGGAAUUGAGUGAUGAUCCUGAACUCAUUCAUACUUUUAUUUUAUCGAUUAUCAGGAAUUUCCCUAAAUCGCAAGGAGUUUUCAUGACCUUCAAUAUGGAGAUUUGGUCGCACUUGAUUUGUGAUGAGCAAUUGGUGGAAAUGAUUGUCGAUGACGUGAUUGGAGAAAUUUUGAAUCGGAAAUUGAUUUUUGCGGGAGCAGACUGUGACAAAUUGAUGAGUUUGCUCACGGUCAACUCUUCUAUAAAAGUUUGUGCUGUUAUCAUCAACCAAUUGCUUGAAGGCACCAAAUUGUCAAAGACGAUGUGUGAUCAACAUUCAAGGAUGGAAUUUUACUGGAUCAAGAUUGAGUUUUUGUUAGAGGCGUGUUUGAGUUUAUUAUUUGACAAUUUAUAUUUUGUCGAGCAAUUCUUGCCGAAAGUGAUGUACAUUUGUUCGAUUUAUCAUCGAACCGGGACCAUCAAGGUGAAGACUCUGAUUAUGACGUUGUUUAUCAAUUGCUUGAACUCGCUUAGAACCAACGGGGAUUUUUUUGAAAAACCUUCUAUCGAAGUGAUCGAUAAGAUAAUCCUUGAUCUUCGGGGGUCGCAAGCCGAAUACAUUUUCGGGUUGAACCUUAGUGAUGAGUUGACCAACACCGGGCUCGGUAAACAAACCAUCCAAGAAUUCCACGGGGACUUUGUUACUUCGAGAACUAUCAAUUCUGCGGUGAUUGAGAUUCUUUGCUUGCCAGAAUACCUGCACCGAGUGCAAAGCGACGCCUGGGUAUCGGCAUUGACGUCAUUGUCGUACUCGUUGGCGUUCAAUAAAGACUCGGUCUAUCAAGUGAAGGGGCUAAGAUUAUUAGGCCAGUUAGGGUCCUUGGGGAUCAGCGAUCAUUUCUUGAAGAUUUAUUUAUCGGAAAUGGUGUCGUUUAUGGAAUUAUUGGCGGAUAAGGAAGACUCGUUUGACAUGGCGAAGCUCAUGGUGUUUUUCAUGAAUUUGGGAGAUUUGGUAACGGGGUUGCAAAAGGACAGUAUUUAUUUGGAGCUUAUUGUGUGGAUUGCGGUGGUGUUGUCAUUUACAGGGGAUUUGUUAAUUCUGGAGACUGGGUUUUUCAUUUUUGCAAAGAUUUCUUGGACGAUCCAGUCGAAAAACACGGUUUUUUCAUGCUCGAGUAUUUGGGAUAUCGUCAACUCGACUCGGACGGAAUUCCGGCUGAUGGCGGUGAAAUAUUUAUCGCCGGCAUAUCUCAAGUUGGGGAUCGAUAAUAACGUGUCAGUGGUGGUGUUGAAUUGCAAAUUGUUGUUAUCGAAGCAAGUGACGUAUUUCUUCAAGUACGCUAUCGACAUUGCGGUGAUGAAGCUUUUAUCGGUGAGGAAGAGUCGUAGCAUUCGUGGGUAUGGGCUAGAUUUGGACUCUAUCGCCCCGAUGGUACCAUUUUACAUUGGGGCGCUCUCAUUCGAGGAAUUUGACGCGAUCAUGGUGAGGGCAGGGUUUGAACCGGGGGAGAAUUACGUGGAAAUCCGUAUGCACAAUCGGGUGCCGUUGAUGCUUCUCAAGUUUUUAUGUUCGGAAUCGCGAUGCCUGAUUGUGGUGUUGAUCACGAUCUCGAAACUAUUCACGAAAGCGAAGUUGGCGAUGAAAGUGAAGACCCGAUUCUUAGAGUUGAUGGAGUAUUUAUUUGAGCGGAGUGCGUUUGUCACGAAGAUUGUGUUCCCGAUCAUUGGGGAUACGUUAUUGGGGCUUUGUCAGGGACCGCAGCGAUCGGAGGAUGUGGUGGAGAUGAUCCAGAACUUACAACGGAGAUGGAUUGUGGUGAGCGAUACCAAAACCCAUCGGCCAAGCAGUGGGGAGGAUCCGUUAUUGGUGGCGAGGAUUGAUACCGCCGAUGGGAUGCCAUUGCACCUCAAGUAUUUGAAAAGUUAUGGGCUUGAUUGGGAUAGUUUGAAUUUUGAUAUCGCCAAUAAUGAGAAGUUCAGUGAUAUCAGUAAAACCUACAAUGAGUUCCAUGGGAAGAGAUUCAUUUUCCAUAUAUUGAAGUAUAAAAUUGAGAAGGAUGAGUAUGUUUUUUGA